AGUUUUCAGUCCUUGAUGACUGGCGCCUCCUUGACGUCGCUACUGGGCCAGUCUAUGAGGUAGACGAUUCUCUGCAGAGGGAAGUCCGACAUAGACAUGAAAAUAAAGGCCAGCUGUUGUUGAAUUGGAAACAUGUCCAAGAAAAGGGGCAGGAAACGCAGCAGUGGGGAGCUGAGCGACACACUCACCCUCGACCCCAACAACCUGUUGGGCAAGAGGAUACAGCACAGUUGGAGGGAGAAAGGUGCGCUCACUAAGUGGAAAGGCACAGUGCUUGACCGGCUCAGCGUCAACUCCUCGCUAUACAUGGUGAAAUACGACGGCUUUGACUGCGUCUAUGGUAUCGAGCUGUUCAAAGAUGAAAGGGUGUCCAACCUGCAGGUUCUCACCGAGAAAGUGGUAAACAACAAGAUCAAGGUACCACAUGACGCAGAGGAUCUGGUGGGGAAAGCAGUGGAGCAUCUCUUCGAGAAAGAAGAUGGAGAGAAGAACGAGUGGAGAGGGAUGGUGCUCUCUCGGGCCCCCAUCAUGACUAACUGGUAUUACAUCACAUAUGAGAAAGACCCAGUGCUGUACAUGUACCAACUGUGGGACGACUACAAGGACGGCGACCUCCGAAUUUUACCUGAGGCAGAGAACAAACACCUGCUGCCUGCUGACCGUAAACCCGGUGAGGAGACGGAGAGCCUUGUGGGUAAGCAGGUGGAAUAUGUCACUGAUAAAGGAGUGAAGAGAACCGGUCUAGUCAUCUACCAAGUCCCCGCCAAGCCCUCCGUCUACUACAUCAAAUACGAUGACGAUUUCCACAUUCACGUCUAUGACCUGGUCAAGACGACCUAAAGAAAACAAGAACAAGUAAACGAAAGCAAAACUCACCGUCACCUCCCCAUAGCUCAUGUCGUCACCUCUCGUUGUUCUGUCUCCACCUUGAGUUGCUAUGGAGGGGUGGUGCAUGGAGGGGUGCAACUGUGUGAAGUGUCUAUGGUUUGUUAAUUCACGCGUGUCAUAUUCGUGGAUGUCACACCGUUGACGUAAGCUUAGAGAACAAAGCUCAAUCAGGAAUUGCUAAAAGGCAGUUGCAGUUGUUUAGCUCAAAGAAUGUUGAGAGACAUGCCGUUAUGGGAUUUAAUAUUUAGCCAUUUUCACUUUCAGCCAUUCCUGAUUGGAGGCUUAAUUGGAAACAGGAAUAAUUAGGAAACAAGUGUUCCCAGAGGUACACAGUGUAUUUAUUGAUGUUCAUACCUUAGUAUGUAUCAGUAAUAGUUCUGCGCAAUUACACAUGACGUUAUAGAAAUGUUUAAGUUGUAUGUGUUGAAAUGCUUAAAUUUGGGGUUGAAUAGCACCAUACCUUUUUGAUUGUUUUGCGUCCUCACUUAAAGAGGAUUGAUUUAAAAUGUGACUGGUGGUCAAUAGCUGUGUGUCACAUACAGUGAUUCCCAAUACAUUCUUAUAGCUGAAUAUUUGGACAGUAAAUAGCACUCAAGCUAAGAAAUGUUAAGCUAAUAGUUAUAAUUUCUAUAAGAAUUAAGAAAGCUAUUUAUUGACUCAGUGAGCUGAAAGGUUUUUUGUUUCUCUUGCAAAUGUUUUCCAUUGCAGUUCAGAAAGUUUUGUCAAGGUUGACAUAAAAAACUGCAAUUUAAGUGUAGCACUCUCAGUCAAAUUCCAGUAAUUUCACAGUUUUGUACUAAAUCCUUAGUGCAAGAUGACUACACUUUCCAGUGGAAGAUUUGAUAUCAAAGUAAAAAAAAAAAGUUUUCUGUGGAGAAAUUGUAGUCAAAAGACCAACGUAGAAGAAAGGUCGCCCAAAGCUUUUUAAAACCCCAUGUGUAGCAUCAUCAGUUAAGGGUUCUGGAAUACAGGUCGUCUGUUCUUCCUUGUAAAAUCAUAAUUCUUCAUUCUGCAUUAUUUUUGACUUAAAAAUGUGAAUAGCAGAAAAGCACGUGUAUGUGCACACAAAAGCAUUAGCUCAUCAGCAUCUACGUGCCGUUGUGUCAAAACUUGCGGCAAGCAAACUUUGAACAUAAUCGGUAGGAAUAUGUACGCCAUGAAAAGGAAGCUGUUCUGUUGCUAAAAAUAUAUUUAUGUGUGACUGAAAAUUGAGAUAUUACGUCAAACAAAAUAAUGUAAAAAAUGAUGACCAUAUGCCUCAACUGUUAAAUUCAAUUUACAUUUUCUAUGUAGUGGGAGAGAAUGGCUAAUAGGGUUAUCUAGCUAAGCAAACCCAGAUGUACCUAAAGUUUGAUUUAAAACAAGUCUAUCCAGCAGGCUGGAUAAGCAGAAAAAAUAUAUAAAAUUGAAAUUUCCUUCUGAUUCUCCAGUUGAAGGGAUGUUUUAACUGACAGGGUUUUGGAGGCAGCUUAUGCUAGCCAAACAAUUCAUCAUGCAAUGAGAAUCUCAUUUGAAUCAUAGAAAUUAAAUGAGGAGAGUGGCCAAACCUAUUCAGAUCAAUACUCCCUAUCAGUUGGUAUCCUCCGGAUGGUCUGUUUUGAACGUUUCACCCAGCAACAAAAUGGAACUAGGUGAAUAAUUUGAUGGUAGUGUUGCACUUCAUAACCAGACUAGCCUAGUAGCUAGCUAAACAAGCAUAUUAUGAGUUAAGAUUUUCUGUCAUCACUGUUGAAUUCCUAAAAGGAUACAAUUAACCCUUCAUAUUUUAUCACAGCUGUGUUAGAUGUAGCAGCACAGAACAGUUGGUUGUAUUUACUGUGCACAUUCUAACUCUAAUUCAUAAACUCUGGUUGAUGUGUUGUCAUCAUUACAUUAAAAUUGGGAUCCCAAUGACCUUUUCAUAGUUUCUAUCCAGUUUUCAUCUAAAACGGUGCCCGAAUUGUUUGCUGCUCAUAUAGCAUGAGGUGAAAAUAAAAAAAGAAAAAUUAAAUAUUAUUGUUGAAGUUGGGUGACUAAGUCGAUCCAGAAAUACCAAAACAAGGAUGUGAGUUCAUGUACUUGUUUCCCCUCUUAUACAUAUCCAGAUAUUAGCACCACUUUUUAAUGGGCUCAUGUUAUUGCACGUUAUUUAGAAACAGAUGACGUUCAUCAUUCGACAGUUCACAGAAUGUGCUCCUUUUCAGAAUGGUUAAGUGGCGUAACCAUGUAUGUAUUUAAAUGUAUUUUUUGUAAAUACUGCAGGUAUGCUUGAAAUUAUAGUUUUUAUUUGUUGGCCUAUAUUUGCUCUUAGCAAUUGCACUUUAUCUUAGCCCUGGUAUAGUUCCUCAAGUCAUAGAGGAACUGAGCUAUGAAAACAAUUCAGCCAGUUAAUUAAAAAACGCUCGGAGAGGCCAUUAGUUAUAAUCAGCGGAUUGUUAUCUUGAGAUAACUGGUUAAGUAUCCUGUAUUCUCAAGAUAACAAAGUUGUUAUCUCAAGAUAACAAUCCAGAAAAUUAUAGCAACAGCUCAUGGCCUUUCUAAAAAAAAAAGUAGGAUUAUUUCUUUUUUAAACUUCAAAUUGAGCAGACUGACACUGAAAGGUGCAAAACGGUUUGCUAGACAGUCACCAAAGGCAAAUUUUGAUUUGGAAUAAUACUAUUGUUUUCUUUUGGCUUCACUUUUUUCAUUGAUUAAGCAAAGAUGCUAUUGUAAACUAGCUCCAUUUUAAAUUAGAUUGAUUUCAGUUUGAUUAAAAUCUCAAUUUAAUCAGAAAGAAAGUUACGUGGGAUGUAUGUUCUUAACACAUGCAUCUUGUCCCUUGAACUUUUAAUGAUUUGAUUGUUUUGAAUAUGUAAAAUUGAAAGCACAACACUGACGUGCAUGAACAAGAUUGCAUUUGAAUUCCAGUUCGCCAUGUUUGGUAUGACUGUGUUUGGGAUGCCGUUUCCAGUCAGUUCUCUCCACUUUUAGCAUUUACUGCAUGCAGUUUUAUUGUCCCUGAGACAGUUACACGUCUCCACAUUACAUUAGUGCCAAUGUGCUUGAGACAGGGAAUCAGUAGUUGUGUGUUAGUCCACCAUUUAUUUGUACAGGAUUAUCAAGACUGCACACCUUGCUGAAUUUGGGUCUUUUCAUGAAUAGAAAAAAGCCUUUCAGAUAGGAUGGGCAUUUAUCCUAAUACGUUGUAAAGUUUGCUGUAUCAUUGGCAUUGAAACAUCGUUGACUUAACCCUGCUGUACACUUUUCAGGUUGCGGAUUAUGCUUCUGUUUUCUUUUCCCUUUUCGCCGUUCUUCAUAGUAUUCACAAACUACAUUCAGGUGGAAAGAUCUAUGUAUUCACUUGCACUUAUUUUCAACAGACCCUCAUAAGUACUUGUACUAUACUUUAUUUCUCGUCUUGAGAGUUUCAUGGCCCCCCCUGAACACAAUGAGAAAAACGUUAAUCUCAAGCUUUGACAUGUUUGAUUAAAGCAAAUGAUGUACAUGCUGCAUUAUCCGUUUCUUUCUCUCUUGUUAAUUGUGCAUAAGUAAUUCUCUUUCUGGUUCCUCCGUAAAUGUGGUUUCGUGUGCAGUCCGCAAGCUUCCGGUACUUUUCCUGGUUCCCUCUAUUAUCGGUGUUCCUGUUUCUUUGCUGCUUUUUUUUGCCAAAGUUAACUUUUCAGUAGGCAGCGUUAAGGAGUGUCAAAACUGUUCAUGUUGUCUGUUUGUGUAACGAUGCUAUCAUAAAUAAUAAAAGAGAUAUUUUUUGCACUGAA